AAGCGACCGGUGUUUCUGUAGGUAAAAUACACGACUAUUUUGCUUAAAAAGUAAUGUUAAACUAAUAAAAACGUAACAGUGCCACACAGUAGCUAGUUUUGUUCCGGAUUUUUCACAUUUUUAGACUUGGUUACUAUUAAGUUUAAAUUACUUCUCCACUAAGUAAUCUCUAACUAAUUGAAUGUUGUUGAAUUGAGAGUGAACUGACUACAAAGUAAAACAAAAUGGAUCUUGAUGUUUUACCCCCGGAACUGAUGUGGAAUGUGUUGGAUAAACUGGAAAAUCUGCAUGACAGAAAGAAUGCUUCUCUUGUGUGCAAAUCGUGGAACUGGAUGCUGUUCAACACGAGCAAGUCGCUACGAGAUGUUAAUUUGCGUAUAUGCAUCAAAAUCAACUGCGUAGAGCAGUUGGAAACCGAGGAACUAUUCGAACGAAUGUUCGAUGUAAUGAUGAGUAGUAAGCGGAACUAUAUAAAUCUAGAAUUUUUCCAUGUCAAUUUCGAGCGACCGGUGGUGAGACAGUUCCUGUUCUUCAUGAUACAAUUGUGCUGCGAUUCCAUUGAAUGUUUACGUUUCACCAACUGUCACGGGUUGAAACGAAGCGAGUUAUGGCAAGUUCUGGAGCUGUUGACCGGUUUGACUGAGCUUACUAUCUCAGGAGGAAUAUACUACGACGAUUUGGGCAAAGAUGCUCGAAUAUGCAAGCUGAAACAUCUAGUAAAACUAACGCUAGAUAUUGGAGACGACUGUCGGUUAUAUAUGGAUUUUACGCACAAUGCGCCCGCUCUGCAGUCGUUGUACAUACGAACAAUUCAUGGAUGUGUAGAUCUGCGAGAUGUUACCACAACACGAUACUUCAGCCAACAAUUAAGAACACUGAAAUUCUCCACCAAUAGGUGCUACAACCAAGCGGAAUUUUCAGAAAUGAAUUUUUGCCAUUUGACAAUGUUGGAACUAAAAGUAUCUGGUUACGUGUGGGUUCAACUUUUCAAACAAAUGAAGCAGUUACUAGUUCUGAAACUAGAUGCCAAUAUCAACGAUGAUGUUAUAGCGUCCAUUUGUAGUACGUCAACAAGACUGCAGAAACUAAGCCUUUUAUCUUCUGGAUUGGUUGAAUGCAAGAAAUUUAACAUGCUAGCGCGCCUAGAAAAUCUCGAGGAAUUGCAAAUACGAGGUAUACACAAAUAUAGUUGGAGGCAUGUAUCAUUCAGAAAACUUCGACAGCUUCAUCUAGACAACGUUGGAACGGAUUUUACGAACUUUCUGAAAGAUUUGAGUAGUUUGCGAUCAUUAGAAAUUCACGACAGCAAACUGAAGAACGAGCAACUGAUCAAAGUUACGUUAAACGCACCCACCGUUGAACGACUAGAAUUGGCAUUCUGUACUAAAUUGAGCGAUAAGGGUUUUAAACAUUUGGCAGAUAUGAAAAAUCUGAGAGAACUCCGACUGUGGGGCAUUCAGGUUUCUAAAACUAUUGAAGAGCGUAUCACCUGUCCUCGGUUGCAAAAAAUCAUCUUUUACUUUAACGAUUUUAUCGAAGACUGUACUCUGGAUGCACUAGCAGUCAGGUUACCGCAUCUAAAACAACUUGUCCUGUACGAUUGCUAUCGGAUUAGUCCACAAGGAGUAAUUGAACUCCGCAAAAAAUUGCCCAGUUGCCAUGUAUUGGAACUGUACCGCGGGGACGAACUGCCAGUAGUGUUAAUUGACGAAACACAGAUUUACUACCGGAACGCUGAGUUUCCCAAUGGAGUUCUGAAACAGGAGCUGCCAUUUCAGUGGUACUAAGUUUUUAUGUUAUCCAGAUGUUUGUAUAUUUUUGUGUGACUUUGUAUAUUG